UAUUUUUAAAAUGUCACGGCACGGAGGUGUAGGAUGAUGCAGGAAGAUUAGUUUCGCCUCGCAAACCUUCGCCUGUUAGGUAACAAAUCCGCUUGGGAGGCCUGUCGGGAAGGGGAUCCUGGUGCGCGCUCAAGGUUCCUGGUCUUUAUCUCUUCUUGGGGGGUGGGGCAAAUGGCAGGUGUAAAGCUGAUGUGUUUGUGCCCAGGAGGAAGUACUUGUGCUUAGCGGAGAAAUACAAACCUGCUCAUGGAAAAACGCCUUUUUGGUUUUCUUCUCUUCCUCACUUUAUUUAGACUUUUAAAAACACAAAAUCUUUAGGUUCCUUGGUGCUCACACCCUUGACUUCCAAAAGUGAAGUUGCUGCUGCUUUGUUUUUGCUCAGGGGUUGUAUUCUGGCCAUGCACUCUUCUUUCUGCCCUGCUUCCCCAGAAUCCAUGACUCCCAGCCGUUUGGAUGAGUUACUGUAUGGAUGAAAGGUUUGGGGCUGUGUUCACGCAAAGGUAGUUUUCUUCGUUGUGAAAUGGAACUUGUAGUUCAGUACUGUCUGGGAUUUAAAACUUGAAUAGUUAUGUCGUCUUAUGAAGGAAUUUAAUACUGGAGCAGUUCUUAAAGAUUGUUAGGAUGGAAGUGACUUUUCUAAAGUCAGUAGGUGAAGCUGAUGGUCAAGCUAGGAAAUAGUCAUCCAUAGGAAACAGACAUGGAAUGGUUUCUGCAGGUACAUUCAAAAUACAGUGAGAUGCACAGAUGUGAUUGCUGCUUAGUUGAAUAAUAUACUCAGGUCUCUUCUUGCACUUUUUAUACCACAGCAUUCAUCUUGCAGAGUAUACUACUCUCUGUGUGUAUUAUACCAACUCUUUCUGGAAAUGUGGUUUUUUCUGGUUUUAUAGAUGACUAGAAUAAAUAAAAACUAGGCAGCUAGUGUAAAAAGGAAGUAAUGGCAUAUAUAUAGUCUGCCUUCUGCCAUUAAGAUACUGUUUUAUUGAAGGAGAUUGUUGGGGGUUUUAUAGCAUGCAUAUAUUAUGGGAUCAUAAUGAUUCAUAAUAUGAUAUAGUUCUGAGAUUACUGGUAAAAGAACAGGAAUAUUUUUAGUUUGCUCAAUUGUGAUUCCAGGUCCACAAAUUGUGAUUUGGCUUGGUAGCUAGUGAGACUUUAUUUCUUUCUACGCCAAGAGGUGCUCUCCUUUUACACCCACUGACAAGGAAGGGGAGUUUCACAGAGAAGUGAUGGGAAGAGGUACCGUGUUUCUCCGAAAAUAAGACACCGUCUUAUAUUUAUUUUUCCUCAAAAAAAGCACACUAUGGCUUAUUUUCAGGGGAUGUCUUAUAUUUUUCCUCCUCCUCCUCCCGUGGCCGGCAUUGCUGCUGCGCCUAUCACUAUGUCUUAUUUUCGGGGUAUGGCUUAUAUUCCUUGAAUGCUUAAAAAUCCUGCUAUGGCUUAUUUUAUGACUGUGUCUUAAAAUAGGAGAAACAGGGUAUAUACCAAAUCCUCAUCCAACCCAUGAUAAGAUACUCAGGUGCUUCUUUAAGACAAUGAACAGAUGAGACUUGACUACUACAUUAAGAGUUUCAGCAUAACCUAAAUGAAAACUUGGAUGUGGCAGGCUGCAUGAACUGUUUGAUGGGUGGUACAACAUGGUCAAGUUCAUGUGUGCUCGCCCGCAAAAUCCUGUUUCUGUCUACCUACUCAUAUUACAUCCCACAAGUGGCAGACCUCGGGUGCCCUGUGCAACGCCAAAAUUCAGCACAUCCUUGCCUCUCGCCUUCCAUUCUAAGUCAUUGUUGUGGUUUCCCCUGUGGCACCCUCUCGGCUUGGCGCCCAGCACAGGUGAACCAAUCACAUUCUCUUCAAUCCGCCUCUGACCACACCAGUUAGAUGCAGGCUGGUGCUAACUGUGAAAGAAAUGUUUCUAUAAAAUUUUACUUGCAUAGUCAAACUUACUGGAAGUCUUCCCUGCACGUUUAAUUUUCUGUUUACCACUAGUGUAUUUGUGGGUUCUUGGCAGGUUAGAAAGGCAUCAUGUAAAACCACACUGUUAAACAUGCUAAUUUGCAGUGAACUUUGCUUAACUUCCUGAGUCCUAGGAAGCACAGCAAUUAAUGGUAACUACUUCCGCUUGUUUGAAAAUGCUCUCCAUUUUCUCUAUUGUGAUUGACACAAUGUCUUUCAUUAUGAAGUGAAAGAGUUUGUUUAAUAUUAGUGUUAAUUCAAGUUGAUAACGUCCCCUUUACACAUAAAGUAAAGGUCUUCAACCAAGACCUGAUUUUUAUUGUGUGUGUGUUUUUUUAGUUCAGUGUAUAGUUUCUGAAUUGACAGAAAAAGAGUGAGAAAGGGGCAGUGGGUUUAAAGAGGCCUAAAAUGGUAAGGCCAUAUGGUCAGAGUCUUCAACAGCAACAGCAAAGAGUAAGAGCUGAAUAUGGGGUGAAACAGUGUGGGCUUCCCCACAGCCUGCAUAUCUGAAAAGAAAGGGGACUAGUGUUGUUCCUUGAGACUCAAAUAAUAUUCAACAGUUAUAUAGUUUUUUCAAGUUUCUGAAGUGCUUCAAGUGCAUAGUGCAAUAUCUGCUAAUUAUAUUGUGCCAAUAUUAACUUUUUUGCAGGUGAGUUUAUAUACUUAAAAUGGCGUUUUAAAGUUGUUAAAGGUUUGAAAAGUUUUAAGUGCUGUCUUUUUGCUAUGUUAAUGUAGCAAGAUGUACAUCAGUGUAAUGUAAUCCAUGUGAUUCAGUUUCACUAUCUUACGUUCAGCGUGUUCUUGUGUGAGCUAGGUAAUGUGGCCAUGUGAUGGAAAUACUCUUAAUUAGAUACAGUAUAAAUAAAACAUUCUAAAUUGGUUUUGGGGGACGCAGGUGGCACUGUGGGUUAAACCACAGAGCCUAGAGCUUGCCAAUCAGAAGGUUGGCGGUUCGAAUCCCUGUGAUGGGGUGAGCUCCUGUUGCUCGGUCCCAGCUCCUGCCAACCUAGCAGUUCGAAAGCACGUCAAAGUGCAAGUAGAUAAAUAGGUACCGCUACAGUGGGAAGGUAAACAGCAUUUUCGUGUGCUGCUCUGGUUCGCCAGGAGCGGCUUUGUCAUGCUGACCACAUGACCUGGAAGCUGUACGCCGGCUCCCUCGGCCAAUAAUGCGAGAUGAGCACCGCAACCCCAGAGUCGGUCACGACUGGACCUAAUGGUCAGGGGUCCCUUUACCUUGACCUUAAAUUGGUUUUAGUAUUGAAAUGAUUCCUGUAGUGGACAGGUCCAUUGCUUUUAGUGGGUCUACUCUUGAGUAUAGCUAAGGGUUGGAAUCCUAACCUCACAUGUCUGAAUGUAAGCCCCAUUGAAUUCAGUGAAUUCAUAACUUACUUCAAAAAAGACAUGGCUAGGAUUGUAGCCUUAGUUGGAUAGUGCCUUUAGUAUUUAGACCUAGAGAUGCUCUAGGUCUCUAGAGUUUAGUUGUAAGUAGGCACUGAAGGCAUCAGCAGUCAGUCUUCCUGUUCCCCUCUAUAACUUUCCUACAGAGUUACUGUUUGUUCAGCAUUCAGUUUUGGCAGGGAAAUAGGAAAACUUUGGUUUAGGGGAGGUUUUUUAAUCAGGAAAAGUGGGAGCAUGCAAAUAUUAAACAAGAAAGUAUAGUACGCAGCAUAGUCUUCUGCAACUCCCAAAAUAUUAUUCUUGUUUAGGGAUCUAAUCGUUCUGGAACAGGAGCCUUAAUAGCACUAGUCAGGGCUUGAUUGAUGAGGAUUGUAAAUUGUGGCAUAAAGGAAUACUUCUUUCUUUCUUUUCCACCUUCCUAUAACAUUUUCCUGUUGUGCUGUGUAAUGCUAAAAGAUUUGAGUGGACUAUCAUCAACAAACAUGAUCAAUUUGCUGUGUAUCAGAGUGGUAGAGAUGAAGACUCUGCAUUUUUAAAGGAGAUGACCUAAUUCAUAUCUCCCAGGCUUAAACAUGAAUUGGAACAUAAUUUUGCAGUACAGUUUCUGGUUCAUAAUGUCCCAGCAUGUGUUUAAAAAUGCAUUUUAGGAUAGAAAGUUUAGGAAUAUGUACAUUGAGAUAAAAUUCAUACUUAAAUAUCAAUAUUUGUAUGGACUUCUUUUUUAAAUCAGAUUAAUGUGGAGAUAGGACUGACCAUACUUAAGAGUAAAUGAAUGUAAAAUUGACCCAGGUCACAUGGACUGAUCUAUCCAUCGCUAAAAAGCAGAGGGGGAGGUUUCUGGAGAGGGAAAGAAAAAGAGUAGUAGUUCUGCUCUUCCUCCACCUGAAGCCUCCCUGUAUAGUUUGGAGAAGAGCUUUAUUUUAACCUCAUGACAAUCUUCUCUUUGACUUUAAUCCUCCUAAUUAAUCCCAAUUAUAGAACGUUGAGAACUGUUACAAGAUCACCCAGAACCAUUUCCCUUUUUUUUCUAAUAACACUGAACAUUCUGUAUCUCAACUGCCUUCAGUAUUCUAUAGGUCCUGGAGAUUAAGGAUUAGGUUCCUCUGGGGGCUUCCUCCCUUACAACUAAAUGCAUUUCUGCAAACCUAAACAAUCCCUUGCUAUGAAGAAAGUACUGUCCAUUUUUUAGAUUUCCCCAUUUCAGUUCCAAACAGAUACUGUAGUCAUGAAGCUAUGCAGGUUUGAUUGUCGUGUGACCGCUGAUGUGUAUGCAGGUUUUGGCACCGGAAAGGGAGCAGGGGCAGGGUUAGGGUUAAAUGUGCAUAAAUUGUAAAUUACCUGUAUCUAAAAUAUUGUGGUGGUUAUCUAAUACUGAAAAAGGUUAUCAGGUGCUGGUAUACAGCAUUUUGACCUUGAGUUUCUUGUGUUAGUCUCAGCAUUUUGAUCUGUAGGUAGAACUAAUAGUAAUUUGUUUUUAGAUUGCUUGGGAACAUUUGUAUUUUUUAGUUAGUACGGUAGUUCUAGUUUAGCUGAGGGAGCCCUUAACUAUUCUCUUGUUGUUCUGUCCCUUGUGUUAUGAAAAAGAGUAGAAGUAAUUUACAUUUCAUGAUAUUUGCUAGUUAACGAAAAGUCUACUGAAUUUGGAUACAUAUAGUUGGAAAGGUUUGUAAAUAUCUUGAAGGAACUUCCUUAAAGCACAUAAUUACUUAGUUAGUUAGAAGAACUCAAUGCAUGCUCAACUUAUUUCACUUUCAGGUAUGUCAGAAAACAGCAAGAAUCCAGAAACUGUUGAUGAACUUCACCAGGCUCCAGAAGAACUCCAGUCUGACUCUGAGGUGCUGUCUGUUUUAUCCUUACAACAAUCCUGUGAAUUAGAUUAGGCUGAGAGACUAUGACUGGCCCAAGGUCAUGUAGAGAGCUUCAAAGCCAACUGGGGAUUUGAAACCAACUGCAGUGGGAUUGUUCAAUGGCUGAAGAAUCUCCAAAAAAUUCAGCAGCAGAGAUUUCUGUGACAAGUAAUGGAGAACUUGAAGAUACACAUGAGCACAACUAUAACAGGGACUUGAAGCACUCAAUACCAGCUGGACUUGGUCUGUCUGAAACCCAAAUUACAUCGCAUGGCUUCGACAGUACCAAAGAGGGAAUCAUUGAAGCUGGACCAUUUCAAGGUCCCUCAUCAUUACCCAUGUCACCUGUUGUAUCUCCUAGCAGUGCAGCUGCUAGCAGACUGGCUGAACAAGGGAGUGAUUUAAUUAUGCCCAAAGGCAAUCUAAGAAUGCAGCAGAAAAGUGGACCAGUGGUGCUAGCAGAAGAGGCGAAGAACCCAGCCAUGGAAAAGCUGGAGCUUGUAAGAAGAUGGAGCCUAAACACUUACAAGUGUACUCGCCAGAUUAUCUCUGAGAAACUGGGUCGAGGCUCACGAACAGUAGAUCUGGAAUUGGAAGCUCAAAUAGAAAUACUGAGGGAUAACAAAAAGAAGUACGAGAAUGUCCUGAAGUUGGCACAAACAUUGUCCACACAACUUUUCCAGAUGGUGAAUACCCAAAAACAGCUGGGAGAUACAUUUGCAGACCUGAGUUUGAAAUCAUUAGAACUCCAUGAGGAAUUUGGAUACAAUGCAGAUACUCAGAAACUUCUUGCUAAAAACGGUGAAACUCUACUUGGGGCAAUUAACUUCUUUAUUGCUAGUGUGAACACUUUGGUGAACAAAACUAUUGAGGACACGUUAAUAACCGUGAAGCAAUAUGAAAGUGCCAGGAUUGAAUAUGAUGCUUAUCGCACAGAUCUAGAGGAGCUGAAUCUUGGCCCACGAGAUGCAAACACAUUGCCAAAAAUUGAGCAGUCACAACAACUAUUUCAAAUACAUAAGGAGAAAUAUGACAAAAUGCGCAAUGAUGUAUCAGUUAAAUUGAAGUUUUUGGAGGAAAACAAGGUGAAAGUAUUGCACAAUCAGCUUGUUCUGUUCCACAAUGCCAUUGCAGCAUACUUUGCGGGGAAUCAAAAACAGCUUGAACAGACUCUUAAACUAUUCCAUAUCAAAUUGAAAACGCCUGGAGUAGAUUCUCCAUCCUGGCUUGAAGAUCAGCAAUAGGACCACAGCAUGAAGAUCCCUUGAUCAACCAAGAAUAUUGUACAUCUAAAGAGAAUCAAUGAAUUUGUAUAAGGAGGACUGUUUGUAAUGAUACUUGCACAAGCAGCUUUAUUUUCCCCCUUGAUAAUGAAAACUAUAAUAGUUUGGGAGGGUGGAUGGAUGUAACCAAAUGUAACUUGCCAUUUCAGAAACAGAUCUUUUUUGUAUUUGAGGGUGGAUGGUUUUCUGUAGUAGGGAAAUAUAGAUUUGCACUGACAAAGAUGUUCGUGAUCUCCGGUAAUUGUGGUGGCUAGAUGAGAAUUUUUUCAAAGGGAGAUGCUCAUAGUUUGUAUCAACAUCUGAUAUUUUAUAUAAAUGUAUUAAACCUAUCUAAAGAUUCUUUUUUCAUGUAAAUGUGUUAAAAGAAUAAAUAUUUUACAGAGUAAUAAUAUAAGGAAGGCCUUCAAGCAACAUCCACAAAAUAUCAGUGGCUGGCUGAUACGUGGAAUUGCAGCAAAUAGCUUUUUUAAAAAAAAUGUUGGAUCAUUCAAUUUUGUGGUUCAGGAACACUAAAUAUAGAAUUGCCAUCUUGGUCUGAAGCUUUGAAAACACAUUUUAGCAUUGUAAAGAUGACCUGCUGGAGAAGCAGACCUUAGCCCUACUUCUUUAAUAUUUAAAUGUCUAUUAAAAAUACCUUUACUUGCCUUAAAUUCAGAAGUGCCUUUUGCGACACACUUUGUACCCAGUGUACAUAAUCUGUAAGAAGCCCUCUUUGGAUUGAUGACUUUUUAAAGAGACAGUCUGAGGCCAGUCUGGGUUGUGUGUGCUUCUGUUGAAUGGCAGACCAUGUCACAUGACUAAAAUGACUGUUUCUUUUCUCAAUAGUGUAACCUUUAUUAAACAUACAUUUCUGUUCUCUUAUAGCCUUUUAAAAUUCACUGUUAUGGAGCAUCCUCAGUUGCACAUUAUCCACUGCUUUUUGUGUUUAUAUAAAUGAAGUACUUAAAAUAACUCAACACAGUUUAUAUGGAUUGUAUAAUUAUGUAUUAUAUGUUGAAAUGAUUCAGUUGCUACUUAAAAUGGUUAAGUUUAAGUCUUAAUGUAAUGUGUGUAUCAAGUACAUUUUAAAUCAUUCCUUAAUACAUUCUUGUCUGUUCAAUGACUUUUUGCAGUUGGAUUUUUUUCUCUGGCAAUAACUUCACCAAGUUACCAUUCCUCAGAAUGUGCCUCCAUUGUUAACUUUGUUUUCAUACUAAAGGUGUUUGCUGCAGUCUGUUUCCUUUAUUUCAUGGGCUUUGUGGAUUAACAUUUGCACAAACCUUCUUUUUCUUCCUGCUAGCCAUGAGGAUGCUUUUAUUAGCCAUAGCCCUACAAACAAGAUAUGAUUAGCUGCCUUUCUGACUGGAACUUUUUUCCUCCAAUGGCUUUUUUCCUCCACUGCUAGGAAGGGAAGCAAAUAUUCUUGAGGAAGCAGGGCUGCAGCA